AUGCCAAUAGUGCUGUUGCUUUUAGCAGCAGUCAUAUUUUCUGCACGUUGCCAGUACCAGCCAGGAAAGAAAAAAAAAGACUCCAAGAGAGAGGAUUUAACAAUGGAAAGCAAAAUGAUCCUACCCAAGUUGACAAUCACUAGGAUCCAGGUUUCGAAGAAGGAGCAGAUGGUGCAGCGUCGUUCCCGCCGAAGAACUUGCUGCAUGAAUGACCUCUUUCCGAGAACCUGUUCGCCAUUAAAGUCGCACCAAACUUCAAGUCCUUGUAUGAGCAAAAGUAGCGACACCCAUCAUCACCACGAUAAUGACAGCUAUAAUUCCUCUUACAGAGGAAAGAUUCAGUCUUCUGACGAUUCUGGUCUCUCAUCUGUUUCUUCGACAAGUCCGACUCCUUCCAUUGAAGACGGCGAGGAAGAGGAAUUGAUUCUUACGGACAUUUUGGAUGAUAAGAAAAGAAUUCCCAAAAAGAGGAGCAAUUCGGCACCAACAUUAGUCAGGAUCGACAGUUUUCAAGACCGCGCCAUGCGUCUUAUGCGGAAGCGACAUUCCAAACUCCAAAAACAUCGACAACGGGCUCAUUCGGUGAACAGAAACGACGAAAAUUCAGAGGUUUUUGAACCAUUUUCACCCACAUCUUCAAACACCCUUCUUGUGCCCUCACCAACGUCACCGGAUAUAAUGUUCGCUCUGACCAGUAAUUCUAAUGGCGACUUGUCUGUUGACAGACUGGUACCAGACACUAAUAAUAACAAUGUGCCUGAUCAUGCGGCUUUGAUAGAGAAUGCAAAUGAGACCGUCAUUUUGACAGACAGUAAUGGUAUUAGUGUGUUCAUCACGACCAAAGAACUUGUACGCUCUUUCGAACUGCAGCGUCAAAUACGAAAGAGAAGAGUCAACAAGAAAACGAUGAGUUUUGACGAAAACCUCUUACGUAGAUAA